AUGUCCUCAGACUCUCGCAUCACCACGUGUGGCAAGGCUGCUGCUGUCCCUGCACAAUGGAUUCCAUGCACCCAUGCAGAGAUUUCCGAAGGCCAGCGAAAGCGAGCUGAAGAAAAGGAUUGUCAGCGAGAGGUCAACAUGCAGAAGAAGCAGGCAAAAAAGGAGAAACAGCAACAGGCAAAGAAGAAGGUUGCUGCACAGGAGGAUGCCAAUGCUCUUGAGGAUAAGGAAAUCCAGUCUUUGCGUCCUGAUCUCGACAUGAUAAAAAACGGCUUACCCCCAUCAUUGCAGGCCCGCACAGCCAAACCCUCCAGAAAGCGGACUCAGCCAGUCGAUAUACCCCCUCGAGCAGUAACGCCUAUCAUUUUAUCACCUGCUGAUGGAUUUGCAGAGGUUCCAGCGUCAGAGGUUGGUAUGGACUCAUCGGAUGAGUUACCUCCUAUAUCUUCGGUAGCGACAUCAGAGUCUGAGGGGAUAAGUGAUGAAAGGAUGGACUUGGACUUCACCUCAGGUAAUGAAUCACCUCCUAUGGGCACCGAGAUGGUCAUAGAUGACAGCGGGUCAGAUGGAGAGUAUGUUGAACAUAGCGCAGUUGUCGUCAGCGAUACUGGCUCCGAGGAUGAGCAGGAUGAGGCCAUGCUAUACCAGGAGUUUCUGGCUGCACGCCAGAGAGCCAAGGCUGGCGCUAUACAGCCAAACUAA